UGCACAGUGUCUUUACUACUUGUAGCUGCUGAUGAAGUAAGUAAGUUUUGUAACCAGUGCUUGUAACAUUGUUGAGUGUUGGGAACGGGAGGCCGCUCACGACCAUGGAGCGCGCUGCAAGCGUUGGAAUGGUCGCGUCGUGCUUCGGAUCCGCUGCCCUAGCGGUUGCGUCUCUGGCUACUCCGUCGUGGAUCGUAUCUAAUUUUGCAGGCUCAAAGAAGCUUGGACUGGUGUUUGCGUGCCGUCAGCCGACUGGCUUUCCAGAGUGGUGCGGUGCAAUGACAAACACGCCGCGUGAGUGGAUGGUAACUACUUGCUUGAUAACGGCUGGAGCGCUGGUUCUACUCGGUGCCGACGUGUGUUUGCUCCUCGCCGAGUGGAAGAAGAACAGGAGGUUUCUGACGUGGACAAAGCUGUUGGCAGCCGGAGGAGUGAUGUUCCUGUGUUUGGGGACAUUGGUGUUUCCAGUCGGUUUUGCGCUGGAUGAGAUAGGCGGCGCACCAUACAAGCUCCCUCACUUCAUGAAGCUCGGUCCUUCCUUCUCCAUGUUCAUCAUAUCCGUCUUUCUGUCCAUCAUCUCAAACUUUCUGGCUAACAAGACCUGUGAGCGACCUCACUUCAGAUAGCACGGAUUGGCGAAGGGACGUCACCAUUCUUUUAGCUGUUCACUGCCGUCCCUCAUGCGCCUAAAGGCAUAAUCCUCUCCUCCCCAGACUAGUCAAUGUUUCUUGAUUCGAUUGAGUCGGUGCAUGUGACUGCAUGCAGGGAAGCAGCGCAGCACAUCAUCGUCACACUGAUUGUACGUUCUCAGUACUGAGCAUGUACCGGUGGUACUAACGUUUCUUGAGCAAGCAUGUAUGUUCAUGUGUCAAGUUAGUUCGCUCUGAAGAGUGAAGUAAUGGUCAAGGGUUGUCACGGCGAUCCGAAUAUAGCAUAUGCUGAACAUCAUAAUCGUGAUACUUGAGUAUGUACGAAACGUUUUUUUUUUUACUGUGAAAACCCAGUACGGUGUUUUUUUUUAAUACUCCCUGGCCUGUAUCUGUACAUCGUUUUGUGCCUGAUGCAUGUGAAUGAGCAUUGAUCACUGUCUACAGUCAUAACGAGCACUUCUCCAGCCACAAUUCUAUUGGAUCCCACAUUCCUAUAAUAUUACUGUCAUCAUUGAAGCACUAAAAUGCUAGACUAUUCCCGUUUCAACCGCACAAACAGUUGAAUACCGGUUAUUUAAAUAGAUUUUUUUAUUCUUGUGCUAAUAUCAGUCACAUCACCACUUCGUCUUUCGUAUCACCACUUCCGUUGAGAUAUUGAUACCUCAGACCCAUCCGCAGACAUCUGUUGUGCUCCAACAGAGCUCAUUAUAGUGUUGGUGCAAUGUAGCUAGUGUACGCUGCUAUCACACACAAUUUGCAUUGCCAGAUCUCCAAUUGUACGCAUACAAAUUUCACGGUUCGCGUGAGACUCGCUUAGGUCGAGUUUUCCGCAUCCAUAGGAUCUACUCAAUGCCUACCUCUUUAGGAGCUGCAUCUGCACCUUCAUUCACGUGCAUUAUAACGAAGCCAACAACCGUGAACUAUG